AUGCCUCAUUAUCGCAGAAAAUCGACUUUAUCGAGAGAAACAUCCUCUAGCUCUUCCCAGUCUUCACAAUCAUCUGCCAAUCGAAAAAGGUCGCAUAAACAGUCACGACAUCCACGAUCACAUCGAAACCAUACACGAGAGAGGGAAGACAAACUCCGGAGGGGCGAUGGAGAAGUAUCUGAUGCGGUGGACAGCGUGAAUUUCGGGAAACGCAUCUACAAAACAGUUGAGAACCUCGAGAAUCCAGUGAAGAAGUUAGGCAAGCUUCUUCUCUGGAGCGCCCCAUUAAUUCUUGCCGGACUUGAAGUACGACAUGAAUGGCACCACCACACGCACAAGAGAAGAAUGAUGGAAAAGGAGUAUGAGAAGGCACAUUUGGAAAUACAAUUGCAACUGGGCAAAGAUGGAAAGCAGGAGGGUGUUACGGUUGAAGGGGCAAGAACUCGAGAGCCGGCACAAGUAAAAGAAGGAAAGGCUUCUGCACUUUCAUCUGAUGAAAUACACAUCCUACCUUAUCCUGCACAAGCAGAGCAACGAAGCGAUCGCGCGAGGCAAUAUCCGCCGCGGCGAGACCCGGAACGGUAUCAAUCGUGCUUAUUGCCUCCUUUCAUUCCUGAAAUACCGGCUCAAGAUAUUUGGGAGAAUAGACGACCAAGAAUAAGAGUGAAAUCACCAAGCUCUAGAGGAGUCAGCUUCCCACGAGUUAGGUCAUGGUCCGAAUCUGUUUACGAAUAUAGGCGGUGGUAG